UGUGAUAGUCACUGUAGGGGUAGCUGGAAAGAGAAGUGCGUGGCUCAAUUAACUGGCUCAAGCCGAUCUGUGAGGUCUAGGGGAAGAAUGCUCCUGGCUGCUUUGUGCUUCCUGCUCUGGAGUUUUCGGACCUCCACUGGCCAUUUCCCUCGAGCCUGUGCCUCCUCCAAGAGCCUGAUGGAGAAGGAAUGCUGCCCAACGUGGAGGGGUGACGGGAGUCCCUGUGGCCAGCUUUCAGGUAGGGGUGCCUGUCAGAAUAUCGUUCUGUCUAAUGCCCCCCGUGGGCCUCAGUUCCCCUUCACAGGGGUGGAUGACCGGGAGUCCUGGCCCUCAGUCUUUUAUAAUAGGACCUGCCACUGCUUUGGCAACUUCAUGGGAUUCAACUGUGGAAAUUGUAAGUUUGGCUUUUGGGGACCAAACUGCACAGAGAAACGACUUUUGGUGAGAAGAAACAUCUUUGAUCUGAGUGUCCCAGAGAAGAACAAAUUUCUUGCCUACCUUACUUUAGCGAAGCAUACCACCAGCCCGGACUAUGUCAUCCCUACAGGCACCUAUGGCCAAAUGAAUAAUGGAUCAACCCCCAUGUUUAAUGACAUCAACAUUUAUGACCUCUUUGUCUGGAUGCAUUAUUACGUGUCAAGGGACACACUGCUCGGAGGGUCUCAAGUCUGGAAAGACAUUGAUUUUGCUCAUGAAGCCCCAGGUUUCCUGCCUUGGCACAGACUCUUCUUGUUGCUGUGGGAACAAGAAAUCCAGAAGCUCACUGGGGAUGAGAACUUCACUAUUCCAUAUUGGGACUGGCGAGAUGCUAAAGGUUGUGACAUUUGCACCAAUGAGUACAUGGGAGGGCACAACCCAGCAAACCCUAACUUACUCAGCCCAGCAUCCUUCUUCUCCUCUUGGCAGAUCAUCUGCACCCGCCUGGAGGAGUACAACAGCCGGCAGGCUUUAUGCGACGGAUCUCCCGAGGGACCGCUACUGCGCAAUCCUGGAAACCACGACAAAGCCAGGACCCCGAGGCUCCCUUCCUCUGCUGAUGUGGAAUUCUGCCUAAGUCUGACCCAGUACGAAUCCGAUUCCAUGGAUAAAGCUGCCAAUUUCAGCUUUAGAAAUACACUGGAAGGAUUUGCUAGUCCACUCACUGGGAUAGCAGAUGCCUCUCAAAGCAGUAUGCACAAUGCCCUGCACAUCUAUAUGAACGGAACGAUGUCUCAGGUACAGGGAUCUGCCAACGAUCCUAUUUUUCUUCUUCACCAUACCUUUGUUGACAGUAUUUUUGAACAGUGGCUCCGAAGGCACCAUCCUCUUCAAGAAGUUUAUCCAGAAGCCAAUGCACCCAUUGGACACAACCGGGAAUCCUACAUGGUUCCUUUUAUACCUCUGUACAGGAAUGGUGAUUUUUUUAUUUCAUCCAGAGAUCUGGGCUAUGAUUAUAGCAACCUACAAGAAUCAGAACGCGACAUUUUUCAAGAUUAUAUUAGGCCCUACUUAGAACAAGCAAGUCGAAUCUGGCCAUGGCUCACUGGGGCUGCUAUGGUGGGCUCGGUCCUCACCCUUGUGCUGGGAGGGAUCACUCGUCUAUUGUGUCGGCGUCGCAAGAGAAAGCAGCUCCAUGAAGAAAAGCAGCCACUCCUCAUGGAAAAGGAGGAUUACCACAGUUUGUUGUAUCAGACCCAUUUAUGAAAGGCUUAGGUAAUAGAGUAAGGCCAACAAGGCCCUCACUCUAAAUCAAAUGAUG